CUGGCGGAGAUCAAUUUGGCAGAAGUAACGGGAGACCCGAGUGUCUGGCUGCUUGGCAGAGGAGGAAUUUCUACAUAUAGAGGUAGAUGCGAGUCGCGAAACGAUUCAGUCUUGUUCGAGCAUCGGAAUCGCGUUUACGGAAGUCGGGGAAUCUUUAUUUUCGACUACGGGCUGUUCGCGUCGCUUGGAAACAGUGGCCGAAGGAAACGCUCGACACGUGUACCAUCCUCGUGUGAUUCUGUCAAUUAAAUCUCCACCUCUUAUCCUCGCCAUCAAAGUUUCAGUUGACGAUAUGGAGCAGAGCGGGAUCUCGAUAAUACCGACCACGACGAUCGCUGAUAACACCGUGGGAAAAUCUAAAAGCAUCGGUAUUACGCUCAGACCCAACUGCAGUAUACAGGUUGCCAAAGAAAAGCUCGUAACGCAAUGGCUGAGUAAUUUAAUGAAGGAGGAUGCUAGUGGCUGGGAGAUCCUGUUGGUCAGCCUGGCAGAGAUGAUCGGAACAGCGAUCCUUGUGUUCCUCGGUUGCGCCGGCUGCAUCGGGAGCUUGGACAGUAAACCUUCCAUCUUACAGACCUCUCUGACCUUUGGCUUCGCGGUCAUGAUCGCUAUACAGUGUAUGGGUCAUAUCAGUGGCGCUCAUAUUAAUCCUUGCAUCACCAUAGCCUCAUUGAUCCUAGGGAAGAAGUCUCUACCUAUGUGUCUAUUCUAUAUCGUUUCCCAGUGCGUGGGAGCAUUGUUAGGCUAUUCUCUUUUGAAGGUAAUCACUCCAGAUCAGCUGAUAUACAGUACCGAUCCGAACCAGAGGUCUGACUUCUGCAUGACGACGAUCCAUCCCGGUCUAACAACUCUUCGAGGCUUCAUGGGAGAGUUCAUAGCCACUGCGAUCUUGGUUCUGUUCGCCUGCGGACUGUGGGACUGUAGGAACGUCCACAACACCGACUCUGCUCCUCUGAGGUUCGGCCUCUGUAUCGCGGUGCUGUGCUUCGUCUUCUCCCCUUACACGGGAUGCAGCAUGAAUCCCGCUAGGACAUUUGGUCCUGCGGUUUGGAACAACUACUGGCAGGAUCACUGGGUCUUCUGGGUGGCCCCCCUCAGCGCUGCCGUUCUGGCGUCCGUCGUCUAUCGCUGCCUGUUCGACUGUAAAGUGAUCCAGGAUGAUUCAGGACAGAGCCUCAAUGGUGUUCGCACGUAAACGCGAGAUAAAAUGCAGCGUGUAGAAUGGCAUUCCACUGGUCCAUGGUUCACGAUCAGAGCGAGAAAUCCUAAUCGUGUCGCAACAACCGGAAGUCCUUGCAACGAGCGACAAGGGAAGAGGAAAAGAACUUAUGCCACGCGAGGAGGACUUCUCGGCUGCAUACCUAUUCCAGAUGAUUUAUUUUUAUAAAUUUUUUUUUUUACGAAGAAGGCCAACAUCGAUUUUGUUGCGAUCUGUCUGCGAAGUAUCGGCUCGAAGAGGCUGCUCGUGAUGGGCGACAUUGGCGCGAUUCAAACAAGAAACUUUCGGUCGAAUUUUUUCCAAGUCGAUGAUCUCGAUCGAUGCGCCCAACGAGUUUGUGUAUAUGUGCGUGAUCAAUUUAUCGGGAUUCAGUUCCUUUUAGCGAAAGUCGUAAAGUCGUUUCGAUGUAGUUUUUCAUGUCAUUUACAAAUAUCAUAAUCAUUUUUGUCGGAAAUGAACGAUUCUCGAGAUAUCGAGAUUUUUUUCGAAAAAUGGGCGCUUUUUAAAAGUAUUUUUAGUAAAAUUGGUAAAAUUGGCACCUUGUGCUAUGCACAGGUUAUCAAACCAACCUUUGGUUGAAAAAGAAUUUGUUUGGUUAGGUCGCUGUUUUUACAAGUUAGGUUAGGUUGGGUUUUAGGUUAGGAUACGACAUUAAAUUGGUUCUAUUAUCCAGAUAUUUUAAAUUGGCGUCUGCCAUAGACUCCAACGUAAAAGUUCUUCGAAAAAAAAUCAUUUCCAGCAAAAAAUGAUUACGAUAUUCGUAAAUGGUAUGAAAAACUACGUCGAAGUGAUACAUCUAUUUAUAGUUUUGCGAUUUUCGCUAAAAGGAACUGCAUCCAUUUGUCCAAAGGAUUUGGAAACCGUGUUACAAGGGCGAAUUUGUAAAAAGAGGAUGGCAGAAUAAAUUUGAUACAUUCGAACAAACACAAA